CUGUGCUUCUCUACUUUCAGAUACCUUAACAACCAAUCUCCAAGUGCUAAAAAUCCUUUCUGUAAAUUCCCUCAAAAUUAGCCCAAAAUAUGUCAACUCUACAAAUCCCUUUCUCUCAGCUAUUACCCUCAAAAUCUUCUGUCUGUCCUAAAAACGGUUUAAAAAUCCCCUUUAAAAAUCUUGCUUAUCCUCUUUUGGUAAUUUUGAUAGUCAAAACAUUUGUUUUUACAAUCUUUGGCUCCUCAAACCUUGGCUUUCCUCCUCCUGUUGGUGGGAUUGAGUUUUGAGGGAGUGGGCUUGGAAGGGUGAUGGGUUGGAGAUAGUGGGAGGAAGAUGGAGGGGUUUUAGGGUGGAGAUCGGUGUGAAGAGAUUUUGGAAAUUAGUUAAAGAUAAUUAAAUUGGUACUGAUAAAUAAGAAUAUACUGUUUGAGUUAUGUUAUUAAACUGAUUCCCCAC